AUGCGAGUUCUGCAGCUAAUGGAAACAAGCUUUAACUAUAGGGAGAGGAUCCGUUCAAAGCCAAAUGCGUACUUCUAUUUAACUUCUGAAUUUCCAGGGUUUUACCAAUAUUCAGGAAGUUUGAUUUUAAAAGAAUUUGAAAUGAUGUUUCCUGCCCAGAACGACAAUCCUUCGUUCGAAUCGAUUGCCCCGCAAAUCCUCAUGCUAAACGAUCAUUUUAACGAAGUUGCGAGCAAUGAAAUACGAUGCCUGAUGAAAUUACGAACACAACUAACGAAUCAAGGUCAGUCGACAACGGCGGAAUGGGGACUGUCUUCGUUGGAAAAUCACAUAUGCGAUAUAGUUAGAUGGAAGAAAACACAAGAAGAAUGUAUCGAAUCCUUCGUUGAAAAUAUUGAUGUAGAUCACCCAAUAGUGUUUUGCGACAAUAUGCCGUUAGCAUCGGCUUUCAGCGACCAGAGCACCAGCUCUGUUUAUAGUCAUGGAACACCAAUCAUCACUAAGUGUCUGUAG